AUGAGAUGUUAUGGCUACGAUUGUGGUGUGGUCGUGACGCGCCGCCGCAAGAGGUUGGGCGACCCAUGGCAUGAUUUUGCCCAGUACAGCCCGUUACAGGGGACCGCCAGCCAACCGGAGGAGCCUCUGCUGAGGAAGCUUUUUACUGCAGGACAACCUCAGAUUGCCCAUCUUACGCCAGGAGAGAUUAGGUCGUGGGUGCUUGUCCCACGUUCUGGGGAUAAGGCUGAAAAUGGAAGGGAGACAAUAUUGCCUUGGAGGGGGAAGGGGGGGAAAACACCGCAUCUGCUUGAGAAAAGAAAGCGCUUCACCGAAUGGCCGAUUGCCAUGGUGAUUGAUUUACACAGAGAGGAGCGGCUGGCUGACUGCACUGCUACCCGUCACAGCGAAUGA